UCUCUGUCUUAUCCUCAUCGUUGAAAAAACUCAAGCCGGAGACAUAAAACCCUAAUUCUAGCUGAAAACCCUAACCAUCACAAACCCAGAUUCUUCAAUAAUUGUAGAACAUUCAAGAUUUGUUUAUGGUUUUUGUUUUUUCUUUUGAGAAGAUUAUUUUCUGGGUUUAAAUCUUAUAAAUGAAAACCCACUAAUAUGAAAAAGAUGCUCAACUAUAUACAUAUACAUAUACAUAUUUAUAUAUAUAAGAAGCAAGCAUUUAGCCCACUAUAACUAUCCACAUAAACGCAGCAAUAAAUGCAAUUCUCUGUUUCCAAACACAGUAUUAAAUGCAGCCACUGGAAUACCCACCCACCAUCUUGCCAAAAAAUCUGCCCUAAUCCCCUCCCUCUCUCUCUUCCCAUCCUCAAAUGGAUUCCUUCAUCACUCCCAACAGAUGUCCUCCUCCACUCCACCCCCUAACUAUCUCACCAACUUAGGUCUCGGCUACUCCAUCGCCAUUGCUCUCGGCUUCCUUGUCCUCCUUUCCACUCUCCUUCUCGCUUCAUACAUCUGCUGUAGAGCCUCCCGCCAUCGUUCUCUUUCUCCUAAUCCAACCACGUCCCCCGUCAAUCCUUCCACCACAGCCGAUGGCGGCAUCAUCCUUCCUCGUAUUAUCUUUGUUGCAGAAGACGACGAUGCCGCCGGAGAUGACACCGUCGUCGUGGGCCUUGACCAAUCUGUUAUCAACUCAUAUCCCAAGUUUCAGUUCUCCAAAGAAGGUUCUUCUGGUGGCGGUGGUGGUGGCGGUGGAGGUGGAAUUGACACGACGUGUUCAAUCUGUCUGUGCGAGUACAAAGACAUGGAGAUGCUGAGAAUGAUGCCGGAAUGCAGACACUACUUUCAUGUCUGUUGCAUCGAUGCGUGGCUCAAGCUUAAUGGGUCGUGUCCAGUUUGCCGGAACUCGCCACUGCCGACGCCGCUCUCUACGCCGUUGUCGGAGGUCGUGCCUCUAUCGCAGUACGCUGCGGAUCGGCGGAGGUCUAGGAGGUGAUCUUAAUGUUUUGGUGUUGUCAGUGCUGGGGUCUGUUGGAAGAAAGAAA